CACGAUUAGAUCUGUCUUCUGUCGAAUCAUCUCUGUUGUAUUAAGCGAGGUACACAGAAGGAGCCUUGUGCUUUGAUUCUCUUCUUCCCGAAAGUGAAAGUAAAGCUCAGAUCGCUGGAGCGCGAACAGUGAAAAUGGCGUCACUGAAUGUAUCAGCUGAAGAGCUUUCUUGUCCUGUGUGCUGUGAAAUCUUCAAGGCUCCUGUUAUUUUAUCAUGCAGUCACAGUUUCUGUAAAGAGUGUCUUCAUCAGUUCUGGACAACCAAGAAAACCCAGGAGUGUCCCGUCUGCAGGAGAGACUCGAAACAUGAUCCUCCAGUUAACCUUGCGUUAAAAAACCUGUGUGAGUCGUUCCUGAAGGAGAGAAACGACUGCCUUUCAUCAGAGUCUGAGGAGAUCUGCAGUUUACACAGUGAGAAACUCAAACUCUUCUGUCAGGAGGACAAACAGCCGGUGUGUUUAGUGUGUAUUAACUCACAGAAACACGACAAUCACACAUUCAGACCCAUCGGAGAAGCGGUUUCCUCGUAUAAGGAGGAGCUCAAUAUAUCACUGAAGUCCUUACAAGAGAAUCUGAAACAUCGUGAAGAAACGAAAGAAGAGUUUGAGAAAACAGUUGAACACAUCAAGUCUCAAGCUGAGCACACAGAGCGUCAGAUUAAACAGCAGUUUGAGAAGCUUCAUCAGUUUCUCAGAGACGAAGAAGAAGCUACAAUCACUGCACUGAGAGAGGAAGAGGAGCAGAAGAAGCAGAUGAUGAAGGAGAAGCUGGAGGAGAUCAACACACACAUCUCAGCUCUUUCACACUCAAUCAAAGACAUGGAGGAGAUGAUGAACACUAGUGACGUCUGCUUUCUGAAGAAGUUUCCAGUCUCGAUGGAAAGAGUCCAGAUCUCAUCACAGCCGGAUCCACAGACUCCUUCUGGAGCUCUGAUUCAUGUGCCACGAUACUUGGGAAACCUGCUCUUCAGAGUCUGGAAGAAGAUGCAGGACAUCGUCCAGAACACUCCUGUGAUUCUGGAUCCAAACACAGCUCAUCCAGAUCUCAUCGUGUCUGAUGAUCUGACCAGUGUGAAAUACAGCGGGAACAAACAACCUCUUCCUGAUAACCCAGAGAGGUUUGACAUCUAUGACUGUGUCCUGGCUUCAGAGGGGUUUAGCUCAGGAACACACUGCUGGGACGUGGAGGUUAAAGAGAGUUCAUGCUGGAGUCUCGGAGUCACUACAGCAUCAAACCGGAGGAAAGGAGGUGAUUUCUAUAACAAUGAUGUCUGGAGUGUGCGAUAUGGACAGUUUGAGCAGGAUCUUGAGCGUGUGAGAGUGUAUCUGGACUAUGACAGAGGAACGGUGUCAUUCUCUGAUCCUUUAACUAACACACAUCUACACACAUUCACAAACACCUUCACUCACACACUCUUCCCAUUCUUCUAUUGUGAUUCCUUUCAGUCCUGUUCUUCCUCUCUGAGGAUCCUGCCGUUUAGUUAUUAUUAAAUGUUACUCCUGUAGGUUUGGAUCAUCCUGCUUUCAUCUUUAACAGUCAUCAUGUUUCCAAUAUUUAAUCUAAAUCACAGUGCUGAUGAUCUGAAUAUCAAUACAGAUGUGACUGGGCCGUGAUGAUCACAACACAUCAAUAAAUAAAAUAAAAAAAUAUAAAAUUUGAUACAAAUAAUUACAUUUUCAUUUAUAUUCCACUUUACAUGAUUAGACUGAUCAUUUUAGCAUUUUUUUUUUUUUCUGGCAAAUUGCCAUUUACCUAAUUAUUUAAAUGAAGCGUGUCUAUUUUUUAUUGUUAAUUAUUUAUACAUGUAAUUAUUUCAGAACAAAUUAUAAUAAUCUCUCGAAGUGUCUUCUUUUUUUUUUUAUUAAUGUGUGAUUGUGAUUUCAGCACCAUUUUUAUUAUGAAAUCAAAAAUGUUUGAGUAUGAUAAAGUUUUAUGUCACAUGUAGGAUACAUGCCUGAGCCUACUCUUCCCUCCACCAGCCGCCUGAGGGAUUCCUCUCCCAAAGUUUGACUCCUGUCACACCUGAAUCUCUUUCUCCACCAUCACUCAGUUACUCUAGACCAAGGUUCCUCUAAUCUUGUCCUGGAGGGCCAACACGCUGCAGAGUUUAGCUCCAACCUUGAUCAGACUCUCCUACCUGUGAUUUCUAAUGAUCCUGAAGACAUUGAUUGGCAUGUGCAGUUGUGUUUGAUUAGAGUUAGAGCUAAACUCUGCAGGAAAGUGGAUCUCGUGGGCCAGAUUUAAGGAUCACUGCUCUAGACCGUCUGGUUCAUUCAUUUUUUGCAAAGUCUUGCCAAUACCUGAAUUGCAAUUAUGAGCGGUUUACUUUGUAUUUUGGACCUACCUUGUGUUUCAACUCCUGCCUAUUUAUUCUGUGCUCAUGUUUCUCGUUUGUGUUCGGGGUUUACUGUUUGGACAAUAUCAUUUAUUUGGUUCGGACAACCCCCUGGAUGCACAGUGUGGGUGGCCUGAGGACCCCCUUGAAACCAAAAUCAUUGAGGCCUCAACUGCACCCUUCAGUCUGAACUUGCCAGAUGGGAUGAGGAGAUGUCUCUAGAUCAUUUUAUUCAACUCUCAGUAAAGAUCUUAUCCCUACUUGCACUGCUCUUGCCUCCUCUAAUCUCACGGUCCCCCCUCUAGCACCCGAAGCUAUGUAACUAGACUGCACUUGCCUCGCAUUUGAGAGGCAUUGCCACUUUUUGCCUGGGAUUGUAUUUACUGUGGGGAAGGAGAACACUUCCUGGCUUCUUUCUCCCACCGACAAUCUGAGCCAGCACUGUGGAUUUUCUCAGAAAUUGCCUUAUUUUUUUGUGCUAUAACUGUAAUAAAACCACUCUGAAAUUACCUGCAGCACUAGAGUAAAUUAUUGAUGAAGCGAGAAAAGUAGAAGUGAGAGCAAGAAGUUAAAGGACGCUCCAGCAACAUUUAAAUCCAAAGUGUGGACUUACUUUGGAUUUUAUAACAGUGUGGACGGGGCAAAGCUAGAAAAGGACUACGCAAUAUGCAAGAACUGCUUUGCAAAAGUCCGCUACACGGGAAACACGAUCAACAUGCACAGCCACCUCACGCGGCAUCACCCGGAGCUCUGUGAGAAAGCUGUGGUUGGUGCUGGCUCAAAGCCGACACACCCCGGCGUAAACACCCUUUUCCUUGCAAAGCUACCACCUUGUUAUGCUAGGGCAAAGUCAAUCACAAAUGUGAUCGCUGUUUACAUGUGUAAAUGGAUCCGUCCGUACAGCGAGGUGGAGAAUGAAGUGUUCCGCUUUUUAAUGAAUAUCUUAACGGUCACUGUACAUUUUAUAAACGAAGAUUGGGAAAUUAAGUCAUAUGUCCUGCAAACCCGAGCAAUGCACGAAACGCACACUGGGACACACAUUGCUGAUGUACUGAAAGCCGCAGUGGGGGAGUGGAAUCUUGAUGCUAAGAAGCCAGUGGUUGUCACCGACAAUACAUCAAACAUGCGUGUAGCAAUAUCCUUAACAGGAUACCAACAUGUUAGAUGUUUUGCUCAUGUUUUAAAUCUUGCAUCCCAAUGUGCGCUGAAAAUAGCUGCUGUUGCCAAGGUACUUGUCAAAGUUAGGAGGAUCUCAACAUUCUUUCAUCGAAGCACAACUGGAGCAGA